CCUCCGGCGCUCUGCCGAGACGAGUGCGCGCCGCUCCUCUGCGGUACUUCUAACUUCACCGGCAUUUGCGUCUUCUGCCCCAUGGAGCUAAUACUCUUCGUGGGAGCGGCCGCGGUUGUGGGCCUGGCCGCACUGGCGCUGUACCGGAGGUGGACUUUCUGCAGGGCCGUCGACAAGAUUCCCGGGCCUCUGGCGUUCCCGCUGAUAGGGACUACGUACAUAGCGUUCCUCGUCGAAAGGCAAGACAGACUUCGUGUCUUCGACAAGGUGACGAAACAAUACUGGCCGAUAUUCCGCGGCUGGAUGGGUCCGAGUGCCUCAAUAAACGUCAGUAAACCAGAGCAUAUCGAGAAAAUCCUGGCGAGCAGCGAGCUUAUCAGCAAGGCGGCCAAUUACCGCUUCCUGUUCCCCUGGCUCGGAGAAGGCCUGCUGACAAGUGCUGGUCAGAAGUGGUUCUUACACCGAAAGAUGAUUACGCCAGCUUUUCACUUCAAGAUCCUAGAUAAUUUCGUGGACAUAUUUGGAGAGAAUUCACAAAUACUGGUCGAGAAGUUGAAGAGCAAAUCGGACGGGCAUGCCUUUGACAUCUAUCCAUACAUUACGCGUUGUGCCCUGGAUAUCAUUUGUGAGACGGCCAUGGGAACAUCUGUCAAUGCCCAGAAUGAAACCGGAUCAGAAUAUGUGUCAGCAGUGUACAACAUAAGCGCUCUCACCAUAAAAAGGAUAGUGCGACCAUGGAUUCACAGCGACUUCAUCUUUCGGAGAACUAGUACCGGGAGAGAAUACUACAAACACUUGGACGUUAUACACAGCUUCACGAAGAAGGUCAUUAGACAAAGGCAAUUAUCGCGGAAGUUGAAGGAGGGUGUGACCAAAGACGCACUCGUGGACGACAUUGGUCGAAAACGACGUUUGGCAUUCUUGGACCUCCUACUAGACGCUUCCGAGAAUGGACAGAAACUUUGUGACCAAGAAAUACAGGAAGAGGUCGAUACAUUCAUGUUUGAGGGCCAUGACACGACUUCAGUUGCCAUGUGUUGGGCUCUUCUUCUUCUGGGACACCAUCAGAACGUCCAGGACAAAGUUUACUCAGAACUUCACGAUAUAUUCGGACAUGACAAAGAUCGCCUUCCAACGUUGCAAGAUCUUAACAGUAUGAAAUACCUCGAGAUGGUCAUCAAGGAGACGCUACGCCUAUAUCCCAGUGUGCCGUUUAUCGGGAGGAAGGUCACCAAAAAUAUCGAAAUAGGCGGCUACGCUGUACCGGAGGGCGCCAUGCUGAACCUGCACAUCUACCACGCACACCGCGACCCCGACCACUGGCCGGACCCGGACAGCUUCGACCCGGACAACUUCCUGCCGGAGAGGGUGCAGGGCAGACACCCUUACGCCUACGUACCCUUCAGUGCCGGGCCUCGCAACUGUAUAGGGCAGCGGUUCGCCAUCCUUGAAGAGAAGACAGUGCUGUCGCAAAUCCUGCGCAACUACCACGUGCAAACCUUGGAUACCCCAGAGCACACCAAGGUCGCCAUAGAGCUCAUCCUGAAGCCUGUUGAAGGGAUAGUGGUACGCCUGACGCCGAGGUAGCAACGAGAGAAGCUGCUCGUAAUUACCUCCUUCUCGAGGCACACUUUUCAAAAGCCUUGAAUAAACAUUCUUAGUUCCUAUGACUUUGUAACACAGGCGUUACCACCACCUUAGCAGACACCGUGGUACUGCAUCGUGUAGUGCAUCCCUACGUAAGCUGCAGAGGGCGUCUAUGCUCAACCGCUGGUCCUCCAGUCUUCGCUUCACAUAUUAUGGAACUUUACUGAACUGUUCAGACCAUCAUGUUUCACACAACAUUUUUCUGAUGUCAGUAAGAAGUUUCUGUAGACGGCAGAAUGUUUCAUGGGCAGUUGCCGAACUGUAAUAUACGUUGUGUCUGCACCCCACCGACAGAACUUCGUAGGCUAUCGAGGACUUGUUACAUAGUAACAAUUUCAUUAUAAUUCAUCUUGUUUAUCAUUCCAGUUACCUUUAUUGCUACACAUAUAUUUUCAUGGCCGUAAAAAAUCCUGUAAUAUGGAAUGAACAAGAUAUACAGGGCGAGACACGUAAGACAUAACACCCCUUUUAUUGCGUGAACAGUUCCAGAUAUCGAAACGAUGUUUCCUGCAAAUGGUAGUACGCUAGCGGGCAGCCACUUCGGUAUGUGAUGAAAAGUCUUAACUUUUGUAUCGAUCGAAAUACUGAAGCAAGUAUAUUUUCUUUAAUGGAAUCAUAUGCUUUUCAUAACAACAUUCAGUAGCUCUUGCAAAGACUAUUACAGUGAUAUAGCGCUUGUUCGUGUUGACGUUGUAACCUUUCGGAGAAGAAUCCUAGAAAUGUACAAAAACUGGAAAGCAAAUGCCGCCAGAGUCCGCCAAGCAGAACGCUCACGCCUGGUUUCGUCGUUACAUAUGGCGAGACAGGCCUACGCUACUAAGAUAAAAUCUCAUACUUAAAGGGUCAUCUACGAUUUAUGUGUGUGGAUCUACGGCAUGUGCUACUUUCUGGAGCUUCAGAUGGAUCUUAGGAAAACUAUUCACAACGUGUGUACGUUUCCAGCUUUUUGUGGAAACAACUACAAUUGCGUCAGGCUGGUGUGCAUUUAAGCCCUCGCGGUUGCUGCUUGCUUGUUGAAGCCGAAACAGAAACUUCGGUCGUUCAAACUUAUAAACAACCCUAAUCACAGGAAAAAGAAUCUAUUGUAUAAACUUAUAUUUGAAAAUAACAAAAUAAUGCCUGACCUGUCUUUGCCUGGAGGUGUCUCAAUGCUUAUUAAAGGUAAAACACCGACUACCGGACACAUGUGUCUGUAGAUACUAUGCGAAAUACAGUUUAAAUGAAGUAAAUAUUUUAUCCAGACUGACUGACGACAUGUCUCUGCAAACCAAAUACUUUUCUCUAAAAAAAACCGUAGUUUUACACUUUGCUUAAGCACGUGCUCCAGUUGUUUACAACUGACUAAAAGGCACAUUUGCAACUACCGUGCUAAAGAGAGAUGAACAGAUGAAAGAACAUUGGAUGAUAUGCCGCUGCACGUUGUGGAGAUUUAAGUGCGCAUAUCGUCUGGCGGGGUUGGGUCUUCGUGACAGACUGCAUUCUUCAGUGCUCUCCAUAGAAAUAAAUCAAGCGGAGUCAAGUCAGGUGACCUUGCCGGCCACUGUACUGUAGCAUUCCGUCCUAUGCAACGAGUAGGAAACUUUUAAUUCAGUGUUUGCGAUGAACACUCGAAGAGCGAGCUAGGCAGCCGUUGUGUUGGUAUCACACACACUCGCAUAUCCAGUGCUACGUCUUCUAGAAGAAAGGGUAGAAAGCAAGGAAGUGUGAGUAAGUGAUGCCAUUUAACACUUCUAGGAUGAAUUAUGUUCCCGCAAUGGAAUUUCCUAGGAUGCCGCGCCCUACGUUUACUCUCCACGGCCAUUUAUGUACAUCAUCAGGCCAGCGUGGAUUUUCCGACGCCGAGUAGUUCUUGUUACUUAAAUUUACCGUACCGUUGUUCGUAAAAGUUGCCUUGUCGAUAAAGAGCACACAUUAGAAAAACGUAGAGUCGCCUCCUAGGUGCUGCAGAGCAAACUGACUAAAUUGUACCAGAGGUUGAAAAUACCGCUACAGUUGUAAAGCUCUUUUAUUGUUACACGACCGGUUUCGGGCUCUUAUACGGCCAUCUUCAGGCAUCGUAACUUGGUGCUGUGACCCCCGAGCACCAAGUUACGACACCUGAAGAUGGGCGUAUAAGAGCCCGAAACCGGUCGUGUGAUAAUAAAAGAGCUUCACAGCUGUAGCGGUAUUGUGAACCUCUGACAGUAUAAUGCUCAGUUGCGGAUGUUCCUCCAACAGGAUUGUUGGUCUGACUAAAAUCUAAACAACGUUCGAAGUCACUACCUCAGAGUGCCUGAUGUAGUAACAGAUGAUAACGGUGAAUUCGUGUCGAUGCAGGAUAGGAAUGAGACCCUUGUCUGGCUAAUCCCACAUUCCUUGGCAAUACGUCUCCUGCCACCAUGCGUACUGACAAGCGUCGUAGCCAGAGCAGCUUCAUGUGCUAUGUCAGUUGCAGUCUUCGUCCUCGCCUUCUGACAUGAAAGCUGCCUAUUGGCAAUAGUGACCUAAUAAUAGGUGCAAGUACCUGGCACGACGGACAGCGACAAAUAGGGCACACAUCCGCAUACCACCGGACAGUUUCGACACGAUUUCUUUGGUACUCGCCUUACGAAAGAAUGCCUAUCGUCUCAUCAUUGGUGCACGUGUCUGCAUGCAAGGAAUGUUGAAGCAGAAAUGACCUGCCGAUAUACGAGACGGUUCCUGGUAGUUCUGCAGUGCAGACAAUAAGCAGUCGAAAUGGUUUCUACAGCGAUGUAGCGAGGCAUGAGCGUUUCUACAAUUGAAGCCCACGAGAAGGGUAGGCCGCGGCGCGCACCUCGCAGCGCGGGACACUGCAGGUCUUACGAGAGCCAAUAGCCGUCUCCAACUUCGAGCGAGUGACUGUUUUAGGCGACUUUAAUAAUUCUUGACUGCGCGUUUAAAUUCACACGAGCUCUCGAUAGCACACGACAAAAUUAAGACCUUUACUGGGUACUUACUCAAUAACAUAUUGAUUCCUUUGGCUCUUGCGCUGAACCAGGCGUUUCGGAUGUGUGGUGGGCAAGCCGACAAGUGUGACGUCACAAGUUCGUUGCGAGGCCCGUAUAUCUCGCUGGCCCCGUUUAAAACGCAACAGCCGAUUCCGGCGGACUUGCCUUUCAAAUGGUUCAAAUGGCCCUAAGCACUAUGGGACUUAACAUCUGAGGCCAUCAGUCACCUAGACUUAGAACUACUUAAACCUGACUUAACCUAAGGACAUCACACACAUCCAUGCCCGAGACAGGAUUCGAACCUGCGACCGUAGCAGCAGCGUGGUUCCGGACUGAAGCGCCUAGAACCGCUCGGGCACAGUGGCCGGCCGUACUUGCCUUUCAGUUUAAAAAUAUUUCGUAGAUUCUUUUGUGAAGAGUUAGAUCUCUUCAAGCGCUUUCGAAUGCCACUAAAAAAAGUAAACAUUCUAUUUAAAAAACUCGUACAUACUUCAGUAUCUUGAUCGCUACAAGAGUUAAGAAUCUUUAUCGCAUACCAAAGGACGUGCCCUUUGCGUGUUAUCGUCUGCCGAAAAGCUCGUUUCGAUAUCUGAAACCGUUCACGAAACAAAAGGAGUAUCACAUUUUACGUGCUGUUCCUACUGGAACAGCUGAGCAUCGCGACAUUUUGCGCCUCUUCCAUAUGCGACGUUUUAUUGGCCUACUCAUCAUCGGUAAACCUGUCUGUGCUGCAGUGUAAUACUGUUAAGGUACAACUAUCACUGUCGGAAAAGCAAAGCCGAGCAUCACUGGGUACAAACUUGGGUGGAGAAAAGUAAAGUGAACUUUAAUGUUGUUAGGAAAAUGUACCGUGCGUGAGUGGACCAAGUUGCUUUCUAAGCAAGAUGCACAGUGCAUAGAAUCGACAUCUACAAUCUGCUUCUUGUUCCUUACCUUUGUUCGUUUCCCUACGGGGUCUGCAUUGUUAUAUGGUGUUAAGGGGAGGGGGGAACAUUCAUAAAAAAUACAAACUAUUUAAAAGAUGUACCAAACCCACAAUUUUGAGGACACGACUAUGAAAUUUUCUACCAUGCUUAACAUGAAAUUAACACAUUUAUUGUUAAGUUCUUUGGAUUCUAUAUAUUAAACUUUUUAUGGAA